AUGAGCUAUUACGGCAGCUACUAUGGAGGCCUGGGCUACGGCUACGGAGGCUUCGGAGGCCUGGGCUGUGGCUAUGGCUGCGGAUGCCGCGGCUAUAGCAGACUAGGCUGGGGCUCUGGCUAUGGAGGCUACGGCUAUGGCUCUGGAUUUGGGGGCUAUGGCUGUGGCUGCUGCCGUCCUUCAUGCUAUGGGGGUUAUGGAUUCUCCAGCUUCUACUGA